CUCCCCCACUCACCCCCUCAAAACCCAAAUUCCAAAACCGAAAUUCACUUUCUACAGUUUUCAAUCUCCACAACACUCAUAUCUGAUAUCUCACUAUCUCCGAUUCCAUUCCUUUCUUCUCCGGAGCUCCAAUAGCAGUUUGUUGCACUUUAUGCUUCCUAGAAAGAGACCAGCGGAAGGCGGGGUUGUUGAAGGAAGCAGCGCUUGCGUUGAUUGCAAUCGCGUCGUAAAAGCGCAUCGCACCGGUUGCUUCAUCUCCUGCACGAAUAAAGAGAAGACCAGCGGCUUCUCCGGUGCUGCCAACACAGCGUCUAACACUAGCGGCAAUAAAAGUGUUGACGAACCUUUACUGGCCGAAAUGGCGUUCGGAAAUGGCAAUUCGCGCGAUAUCGAUGAGGAUCUCCACAGCCGACAGCUCGCUGUGUAUGGACGCGAGACGAUGCGGCGGCUUUUUGCCUCCAAUGUUCUCGUCUCAGGGCUGCAAGGUCUUGGUGCGGAGAUCGCAAAGAAUCUUAUACUUGCUGGUGUGAAGUCUGUGAUGCUGCAUGAUGAAGGCACAGUGGACCUAUGGGAUUUGUCAAGCAAUUUUAUUUUCUCAGAGAGUGAUGUUGGCAAGAACAGGGCACUUGCUUCCCUUCAAAAGCUUCAAGAGCUUAAUAAUGCUGUGACUGUCUCUACACUGACUACAAAACUGACUAAAGGAAAACUCUCUGAGUUUCAAGCUGUGGUGUUCACUGAUAUAAGCUUAAAAGAUGCAGUUGAAUUUGAUGAUUAUUGUCACUUCCAUCAACCUCCAAUAGCAUUCAUCAAAGCUGAAGUGAGAGGCCUUUUUGGAAGUGUGUUUUGUGAUUUUGGUCCUCAGUUCACUGUCUCUGAUGUGGAUGGUGAGGAACCUCAUACAGGCAUUGUUGCAUCUAUCAGUAAUGACAAUCCUGCUCUUGUGUCAUGUGUAGAUGAUGAAAGGCUUGAGUUUCAGGAUGGAGAUCUUGUUGUAUUUUCUGAAAUUCAGGGCAUGACAGAACUUAAUGAUGCCAAACCAAGAAAGAUUAUAAGUGCUAGGCCUUAUUCUUUCACCCUUGAUGAGGAUACAAUGAAGUUUGGUAUGUAUGAGAGAGGCGGUAUGGUGACUCAGGUGAAGCAGCCCAAAGUUUUGAACUUUAAACCGUUGCGAGAAGCUCUAAAGGAUCCUGGUGACUUUCUUCUUAGUGAUUUCUCAAAGUUUGACCACCCGCCACUCUUGCAUUUAGCAUUCCAAGCACUCGAUAAGUUCAGGUCUGAAAUGGGGCGUUUCCCCAUUGCUGGAUCUGAAGGUGAUGCUCAGAAAAUAAUCUUUAUUGCCAAUGACAUGAACGAAAGCUUCGGAAAUGCAAAAAUAGAAGAUAUAAAUCCAAAACUUCUUAGACACUUUUCCUUUGGUGCACGUGCUGUACUUAAUCCAAUGGCUGCGAUGUUUGGUGGUAUUGUUGGACAGGAGGUUGUCAAGGCAUGCUCUGGGAAGUUCCAUCCACUUUUUCAGUUCUUUUACUUUGAUUCUGUGGAAUCACUUCCUACUGAGGCACUGGAACCUAGUGACUUUAGUCCAUUGAAUAGCCGAUAUGAUGCACAAAUUUCAGUUUUUGGGCAUAAACUGCAGAAGAAACUUGAAGAAGCUACGAUGUUUCUUGUUGGAUCUGGUGCAUUGGGCUGUGAGUUUCUCAAGAACUUAGCACUAAUGGGAGUUGCAUGCAACAGUCAAGGAAAACUAACAGUCACUGAUGAUGAUGUGAUUGAAAAAAGUAAUCUUAGUAGACAGUUUCUCUUCCGUGAUUGGAACAUUGGCCAGGCCAAAUCAACUAUUGCUGCUGCAGCUGCAACAUCAAUAAAUCCUCAUUUUCUUGUAGAAGCUCUACAAAAUCGUGUGGGACCUGAAACUGAGAAUGUGUUUGAUGACACCUUCUGGGAGAAUCUUAAUGUUGUUAUUAAUGCCCUUGACAAUGUGAAUGCAAGGCUAUAUGUUGAUCAGAGAUGCGUGUACUUCCAGAAGCCACUUCUGGAGUCAGGAACCCUGGGGACCAAAUGCAACACGCAGAUGGUGAUUCCUCAUUUGACAGAGAACUAUGGUGCAUCACGGGAUCCUCCAGAGAAACAGGCACCAAUGUGCACACUGCACUCUUUCCCACACAACAUUGAUCACUGCUUGACAUGGGCUCGCUCAGAGUUUGAGGGGUUACUAGAAAAAACACCAUCUGAAGUGAAUGCUUAUCUUUCUAGUCCUGGUGAAUAUACAUCUGCACAGAUCAAUGCUGGUGAUGCUCAAGCAAGGGACAAGUUGGAGCAUGUUCUUGAGUGCAUAGAUAGGGAUAGAUGUGAAACCUUCCGAGAUGCUGUGGCAUGGGCGCGUCUGAAGUUUGAAGAUUAUUUUGCAAACCGUAUCAAACAAUUGAUUUUCACUUUUCCUGAGGAUGCCAUAACAAGUAGUGGAGCACCUUUCUGGUCAGCCCCUAAGCGUUUCCCUCAUCCAUUGCAGUUUUCUUCCAAGGAUCCUAGUCAUCUCCAUUUCAUUAUGGCUGCAUCCAUAUUACGUGCUGAGACAUUUGGCAUACCCAUCCCUGAAUGGGCUACGCACCCAAAGAAAUUGGCUGAAGCUGUAGAUAGUGUUGUCGUUCCUGAAUUUCAACCAAAGAAAGAUGCAAAAAUUGUGACCGAUGAGAAAGCUACCAAUCUAUCAAUUGCUUCUAUAGAUAAUGCUGCAGUAAUCAAUGAACUAAUAAUGAAGCUUGAGCAGUGUCGAAAGCGUCUACCUCCUAACUUCAGGAUGAAGCCUAUUCAAUUUGAAAAGGAUAACAAUACAAAUUACCACAUGGAUUUGAUUGCUGGGCUUGCAAAUAUGCGGGCAAGAAACUACAGUAUACCUGAAGUUGACAAGCUGAAAGCCAAAUUUAUUGCUGGAAGGAUUAUACCUGCAAUUGCAACUUCUACUGCCCUGGCUACUGGUUUGGUUUGCCUUGAGCUCUACAAGGUUUUAGAUGGGGGACACAAACUGGAACACUAUCGCAACACGUUCGCCAACCUUGCUUUACCUCUAUUCUCCAUGGCUGAGCCGGUUCCUCCCAAGGUCAUCAAGCACCGGGACAUGAGCUGGACUGUUUGGGAUAGAUGGGUUGUUAAGGACAAUCCCACGCUGAAGGAACUUAUCCAAUGGUUGGCAGAUAAAGGCUUGAAUGCGUACAGCAUUUCAUGUGGGAACUCCCUGCUUUUUAACAGCAUGUUUCCUAGGCACAAGGAGCGGAUGAACAAGAAAAUUGUGGAUUUGGCAAGGGAUAUUGCUAAGGUAGAGUUGCCACCAUAUCGGCGCCACGUGGAUGUUGUGGUAGCAUGUGAAGACGAUGAAGAGAAUGAUGUUGACAUCCCUCUUGUAUCCGUAUACUUCCGCUGAUCAUUCGGUCCGGUACAGAAUUUCUAUGACAGUGCAGCUCUUAGUCAGACCUUUUCUCAAAUCCUUUGUUCAAUUAAAGUGUGGCAUAUAUAUAGAAAGGGUGGGUAUUUCUUUUGCCUUUUAAGAUACUGGAAUUUAGAAAUACGAAUUGACUACUGUUUGUAUUUGAGUUCAUCAAAUGGCAUGUGCAAUCUUUGAUCAUUAGGACUCUAAUUCUGGUGA